AUUGGUGAGUUGACAUACAGCAAGUGAACUAUUACUGUGAAGCUACUGUACAGACGAUAUUGGAUUUAGUACUCGACGAGUGUUCAACGCGCGCAGAGUGAAGCCCUCAGUGAUAAAUUCCCAUUUCUUCGUGAAUAAAAAAGCAAAGUAAGACACUUCCUCUGUCUGCACUUAAAUUUCUACUUCACUCUAUCAUUUCUAAUCCUAGGCGAUGAAUAGUGGACUCUCGUGAAAGUGCACUCAUAACUGAGAAAUAUAUAAUUAAAAAGGAGAAAAAGUCGGUGGAGACAACUCCAGUGAAUGAUGCCGAGUGCAUCGAGAUAUUUCAAUUGAAUCGUCUAAAUUAAUAAUAAAAAAACGCAAUGUGCGAGGAAAAAAGGAAUAAUACAUGCAUUUUCUCCGUUGGACAUGCAAGGAGAAUGCCCUCAGUGGAUAUAGAAUUCUCGGAGAUCACCUACACGGUACCAUCUGGGAGGAAAGGCUCGAAGAUGAUUUUGAGAGGGGUCAGUGGACAAUUUAAGUCUGGGGAACUCACAGGCAUCCUAGGGCCUUCAGGAGCCGGAAAAUCUACCCUACUAAAUAUUCUCGCUGGUUACAAAUCCAUCGGAAUGGCGGGACACAUCACUAUCAACGGAAUCAAAUUGGACCUGAAGAGAUUUAAGAAAUUAUCUUGUUAUAUUAUGCAAGAGGAUCUGCUCCAACCCAAACUUACUGUCCUAGAGGCUAUGAAUUUUUCUGCCGAUUUAAAACUAGGAUUCAAUAUUAAUCGAGAAACCAAAAAUGCUGUCAUUAACGAUAUCUUGGAGACUUUGAGACUGACAACAGCAAGAGAUACAAUAACCGAGAGAUUAUCCGGAGGUGAGAGGAAGAGGCUGUCGAUUGCCCUUGAGCUCGUUAAUAACCCCCCAGUGAUCUUCUUAGACGAGCCUACAACAGGGCUGGAUGAUUUAUCGUCUAUCCAGUGCAUUGAGCUGCUCCAGAGGGUCGCAAAGAGUGGAAGAACAGUAAUUUGCUCUAUUCACACACCAAGUGCUAGUAUUUUUUCAAAAUUCCAUCAUGUGUACGUCGUUACCGCAGGUCAAUGCGCAUACAGAGGUCCUGCCAACGGUGUCAUACCCUUUCUCCAUCAAUUGGGAAUUGAUUGUCCCAUUCAUUACAAUCCUGCCGAUUUUGUUAUCGAAGUCUCUUGUGGAGAAUAUGGAACUGAUCUUGUAGAAAAAAUGAUCACCGCUGUUGACAGCAGGUGUCCCAUCAUCAACAUCUCUAGAUCACAAAAAUGUGGUCUCGAUGGUGAGGAGAAAUGUAUUAAAAUAUCCUGGUGGGAGCAAUUCUACACUUUACUACGGAGGAUGAUGUUGCAGUUCUAUCGGGAUAGAAAUUACGUUUUCUUGAAAAUCUCUCUGCACAUCUUCCUAGGCUUUGUGAUAGGUGGAUUAUUCCUGGGAAUUGGCAAUGACGGGUCAAAAACCCUCUUCAACUUCGGUUUCUGUUUCGCCAGUCUCAUUGUUUUUCUGUUCAUUCCGAUGUUACCGGUUUUGUUACAUUUUCCCCUCGAGGUACAGCUGGUGAAACGGGAACAUUUUAACAGAUGGUACAAAAUAAGUCCGUACUUCUGUGCACUAACAAUAUCUACGAUUCCAGUACAGAUAGUUCUCGCGCUGAUUUAUCUCUCGAUGGUGUAUUUUUUCGUGGGACAACCACUGGAGCUCUUCAGGAUAUCAAUGUUCUUCAGCACUUGCAUAAUGUGUGUCUUCAUAGCUGAGAGUCUGGGUCUAGCCAUAGGCAGCACCCUGAGCAUCGUGAAUGGAAUGUUCGUUGGGCCUGUGAUCUCAGUACCUCUGAUGCUGCUGGCAGUUCAGGGAAUAGGGGAGCAAGAACCACUUCCAUUUUAUCGCCUACUCCCCAUGUACUUGAGUUACAUAAGGUACGGUCUGGAAGCACUAUGUGUUGCUGUCUUUGGAUAUGGUAGAAAAACUCUACCUUGUCCUGAGAUCUAUUGUCAGUACAGCAUUCCCAGGGAAAUGCUCCGGACAAUGGGAAUGGCUGAGUCCGGAUUUUGGAGCAAUUUUCUCGCUCUCGUCAUCAUCCUCGUCGUCUUCAGGGCAAUCACUUAUUAUUUACUGAGACAACGACUGCAGCCCAACAAAACAUUUCAAGCUUUGCAUCUCAUUGGAAGACUCGUCAAGAGUCAUCUGAGCAUGGAGUAAUUAAAAACCGUUACCCGAAUUUCGUUGAUGUUUUUCAUUUAUGAAAGCUUGUACAGUCGUAAUUAACGAUUUUUCGUCAUUUUAAUACGCACAAUCUGAGGAUGUUUAUAUAGUUGCUCUGUGGAUGAGUGCAGUUAUCCAGAAAGUUAAUUAAGAAUAAUGAAAUCGUACAUUCUGUCAUUGAUGUUUGCACUGUUUUUUUUUUAACUGUCGAUCGUCAGACACGGAUGGAAGUCGUGGAUGAAUAAAUCAUGCUGAUAAGAA